ACGAUUCAGUUUGCGUGCGGAGUAGUAUCGAGUGAAUGUCGAGGGCGAAUCGAAUAACGAAUCGAGAUAAACGGAUGUGAAUGUUGGACUGUUGGGACUUGGAAUUGGCCAAAAAACGGACAAAAGGGAACAAAGUGAUAAAGAUCCGGGGAAUCGCAGGGAAUCGGAAAACACACGGCCACGCGUUUAACCAAAAGCAUUUUUCGCGACCUCUCCAGCAAGUAACCUCUGGCCCUCCCGCUCCCGCCCGCCCGCGUUUUCCAGUCCGUUUUGUGCAUAUACUAGAAAAAGUGAUGUGAUGUGAGCAGAGCAGAGCAGAGCAGAGCAGAGAGCCGCGAUUCGACUGACAUAAAUUCCUAUUUUUAAACGGGCAGAGAAAGGCGAAAAACGAAAAAGGAAAAGCGAAAAGCAUCGAUACGGAAUCAAUUUGCCUGCCAGACGCUCCAAAACAAAGGGGAAAGCAGCAGCAGCCCAAAAAGGAAUUCCUUUCCAGCAAAAGAUUCAGGCAUUUACACUCGCCUCCCACUCUCCCACUCUCUCUCUCCCUCUCUCUCUCUCUGUCUGUGCGUGUCGGUGUCGGUGACGUUGUCGGUGUUUUUGUACAAGUGUCGUUGUCCGGAUCGGAUCCGAUCUGAUCUGUUAGUUAAUCAAUCCAUCAUUGCCAAACGAAACUGUGAAACAAUAAGUGGAAUUAUACCUUUUGCUAGAAUAUACACAUACAUAUAUAUUUACAACUCGAAGUCGAGGCUCUGACAAUUUGCCAGUCGGAGCUCGAUACGGGAGUCGCCUUGGAAUACCUACCUAAUCAUUGCCGCCGCCAGUGUCUGCCAUCCAUCAACAUUGCAAUCAGAAUCGGAAUCGGAAUCGGAAUCAUCAUUAUCAUCGGAACAUCUGCGGCCAUUUGCCAGCUGUGGCAUUCGCUGGGGACCAGGAGAGUGAGAGGGAACGCUGUCGCUUACGCACCCUGUCGCCGACAAUAUCAUCAAGAUAUCUUCAUUCGAAGAAGACUACAGGGCUGACAGGCCCAUGGUGCAGCGCGCAUCAUCCUCGGAUGCUCCCUCCGUUCAGGGUGGCCAACAUCGAGAGUCUCGAUUUGGCCUUGGAUACACGUCUUACCAGAGUGGAUACAACAAGCUCUUCACACAGGGUUCUGCCGACUCGAACUACUCACAACCUUCAUCCGAUCUGUCGCUAGACGAGGAAAAGGAAUCGCUUCGGCGAGAAAAGGAACGUCAGGCCUUAAGCCAGUUGGAUAAAGCGAGGAGCAAACCAGUGGCGUUCGCUGUGCGAACCAACGUAGCAUACGAUGGCGCUAUCGACGACGAUUCGCCCGUGCAGGGUGGCGCCGUUUCAUUCGAGAUCAGGGAGUUCCUGCACAUCAAAGAGAAGUAUGACAAUAACUGGUGGAUCGGCCGGCUGGUCCGAGAAGGCAGUGAUGUGGGCUUCAUACCCAGCCCCGCUAAGCUAGACAACAUUCGUAUGCAGAACCAAACCAGACCCUCAAGACUGUAUGGCACAAAGGGCUCGUCGAGCGGCAAUCUGGGCGCCGGUGGAGGCCAAGCAGGUGCGGAGCCAUCACGAGGUAGCACACCCCCCACACCUGAUCCCUACAGUACAACACCACGCAAGAAAAAAACAGGUGACGAAUCAGAUUCCAUGGGACCGGGACGUCACGGGAAGACACCGCUGGCCACGGCACCGAACAAGGAGAAGCGCAAGCCGUUCUUCAAGAAGCAGGAGACGGCCAGCCCGUACGAUGUGGUGCCAUCGAUGCGUCCCGUUGUCCUGGUGGGUCCAAGCCUUAAGGGCUACGAGGUGACCGACAUGAUGCAGAAGGCGCUCUUCGACUUCCUCAAGCACCGCUUCGAGGGCCGUAUCAUCAUCACGCGCGUGAUGGCCGACAUUUCCCUGGCGAAGCGCUCCAUCCUGAACAAUCCAUCGAAGCGGGCCAUCAUGGAGCGGUCGAGCAGUCGGUCCGACAAUCUCGGCAAGGUGCAGGAGGAGAUCGAGCGCAUCUUCGAGCUGGCCCGCUCGCUCCAGUUAGUCGUACUCGAUUGUGAUACAAUCAAUCAUCCGUCACAAUUAGCAAAAACUUCAUUAGCGCCAACAGUAGUGUACUUAAAGAUUAGUAGUAGUAAGGUUUUACAGCGUUUGAUCAAAUCACGCGGCAAAUCUCAGGCGAAAAACCUCUCCGUUCAAAUGGUUGCCGCCGAGAAGCUAUCCCAAUGUCCACCGGAAAUGUUCGAUGUGAUUCUAGACGAGAACCAGCUGGAAGAUGCCUGCGAGCACAUAGCCGAGUACUUGGAGACCUACUGGAAGGCCACACAUCCCGAUAUUCGUGCAGUGCCGCCGAUAGCCAGACCCCUGCCGCAGGAGGCCUCCCCCUUGGCGGAUGCGGCACGCCUCGGACCGACACCGCCAGUAGACGGCGAGGAGUUCGUCGACGAGCAGGACCCCCGCAUGGGGGGCCUGUCGAGCGGGGAGCGCGAGGGCAGUCGGGAGCGCGACAGCAGGGAGAGGGAACGCGAUCGGGAGCGGGAACGGGAACGGGAGCGGGACCGCGACUACUGGGACAGGGAGUUCAACCGAGAUCGCAGCUCGAAGGACAGGGAGAGGGACUUGGAGUGGGAGCGGGAGCGGGCGCGCGAGUGGGAGAGAGAGCGAGAAAGAGAUUGGGAUAGAGAGUUCGAUUGGGACCAAGGAGGAAGCUCGUACCACCACAGCCGGCGCCAGACGACGGCGGGACGCCACCAGGAGCGGGGCGGUGGCGUCGGAGCCGGCGGCUAUGAGCGGGACCGCGAACGGGAGCGCUACGAGCGGCGAGAGCGAGACCUCAUGCACUACGAUCUGAACAGCGACGAGCUGCUGGACGAGCGAAACUUCGAGUAUCCGGCGAUGCGGAGCGGCCCGAGCGGGGCCUCCCACCACGGCCACCUGUCGCGGGGCGGGCGGCUGAUGGACGACCAGGAGUUCGAGCGGGAGGAGCCGCAGAUCCGGAUGACCAGCUCCCGCUACGGGCCAUCGACGAGGAUCGACGAUCCGCGCGACCUGCCGCGCGGCGCCACCGUUGUCGAUCGCGAUGAAUACAGUCCGCACAGAGGUGGUGGGAGUAGUAGGAGAAUGCUGAAUGCCAUGUAGGAAUCGUGGAUAUAGGG